AUGUACGCAAGAGAUUGUUUACAGAAACAAUAUUAUAAUGAUACAAACACAAGUCCUCCUAAUGAUAGAGGAGAAGUAUGGAUAUCUCCUUCACGUUUAGUGGUAGAAUGGUAUAUGAAAGAUGUAUUGAUUAGAAGAUUCAAUUUCACACAACAGGUUAUAAAAGCAGGCUUGAUCGAUUUCGCAGAUUCAAAAAAUUGUAUCGUCAUCAUAGUUAGUGAUCUGGCACAUGUUUACGAUUUGAAAGAUGGUAAUUCAAAGAGUGUUAGCUUCCCAUUCCCGAUAAUUACUGCAUUCUGGUAUCACUAUGGUGUAGUACUACAGAAACAAGAUAAUGAUGUUUUAUCACAAGUGAACUGUGAUAAUACUAAUAUUAUUUCAAAAAAUAUAGAUGGUAGUGAGAGUAAUCUAAAUAAAUAUAUCACAUUGACAGAUCCUAUGUGUCCAUUUGGAUUGAUUACAUUUACAACUAAUGAUGCGUUCAAUAACAUAUUAGAUCCAAAUGAUAUUGAUCUAAUAUUGACUCCCCAAGAUUUAGAAAAUAAGAUCUCAGUAGCAUAUGACAGGAAUUCCAAGGAAGUAGUGUUUUUCUAUUCGAAAGUAUUAGAUGCCAAACAAUCAGACAUUCCAUUAAGUAAUAACAUGGAUAGACUAUACAAUCAAAACUAUAACGCACAGCACACAGGAAUCAGCAGCACAUUAAAAAGACAAACUUCAACGAGUAGAAGGCAAUUAUCAACCUAUUUAUCAAAAACGGAAGAUGCCCCUCAUUCAAAGUUGUUGAUUAAUAAUAAUAACAACAAUAAUAAUGAUAAUAAUAAUCAUGUCAAUGCGCAUCUUGGAAAGUACAAACAAAAUUUUGCACUCGAUUCUCCAGUUAUUUUACCAAACAAUGCACAUAGGAGUUUGUCAGCAACAUUUGAUAGAAUGACAAACAUAAACAAUCCGCCGUCCAUCGACUUUGCUCCUUCAACUGGUUCACAUUUGCAACCUGAGUAUCUAUCUCAAGAUAUAUCUUUGAAGGAUACUAUUUUAACUAAAAUAUCCUCCUUACAAUUACCAAAUAAUAUAAUUGAUGAUAAAAAAAAUACUCAAUUCAUACCUUUAAAAUUCGAAGAUAUGGAAGCGAUAGUGAUAUUUAAUCAAAAAUAUCAAUAUAUGAAACUAUGGUUAAUAAAAUUGGAUUCUAAAUUCUUGGAUUCUAUUCAGUUUAAAAUACCUGAGUUGCAUGUUGAUAAAUCAAUAAAUUUCAUUGACAUUCAUAUGGACCAUCCGGUGGACUCUAUAUUGCCUUAUCAUAAUAACAAUAUACCUGGAAGCAUUAUAUUAACAUAUGAUCAUGAAAGUAUCAUUACCAUUUAUAAUCCAUUUUUAAAUAAUGUGUGGUCGUCAAUUAAGACUGAUAUGCAUUCUAUUCCAAAACUUUCGACUUUAUGCUAUAUUUCUUCUGAAGAAAUGAUAUUUGAUAAGUUUCAAUUUCCAAAUAAUGAGAAACAAAAUUUUAACACACAAUCACUGUUCCCAUAUCCACAGAAAAGUUCUGUAAAAGCAUGCUUCAGUGCACUUCAAUUAAUAUUUCCAAUUGACAUCUUCAUUGCAUUUGUCUUUUUAUGGCAGGAAAUAUACUUUCAUAUCUCCACUGAUAAGACAUACAAAACACAAAAUUUAGAGUUUGAUGCAUUUUUCAUGAUUUAUAAAAUUCUUCUGGAGCAGGAUAGUAUGGUAACUACUCACAAUUAUUUAUCUUCGAACUCUCUACAGUAUUUGGGUAAUAGUGAUAUAUCUACUAUAUUACCAAAUUCAAUUUUAGGUCUACAUUUAGUAAGAGAAGAACAGAAUUUAAAUAUUUUAUAUAAAAAAGAUGUCGAUAAUUUAGCUGACCUCCUCCAUUUGGCAACAAAAGCAUUGAAUUGGCCAUCGACCUGGAAUCAAUAUUAUUUAUCAACUUUAAAUCUUCCUACUGUUAAGGUACUCGAUAAAUAUACAUCAUUUCCCUUAGAUGAGCCACCUUCAAUAUUUAAGUCGAUAUUCAGCAUUACUGAUGGCAGUUAUUUGCCAAUUACACCCUUUAUUAAUUUUUCUAGAUUAAUAGAAAGGGGACACGAAUACGAUGAGAUUAUAACACCAAGAACUUACAAAUUAUUGCACCUUUUUGAAUCACUGCAUAACAACAAUUUCAACUCAGAUAAUAUUUUAAAUUUAUUAAACGAGCUCAAUAUUACAAAAGAAGAAUUAGAAACUUAUCCUUUGGGGAUAAUGACUCCCCUGAAUUAUAUGCUAAAAAACUUAGAAAAUAACCUUUCCAGUAUAGAGGGAACUAUGGAUGUGUCUAUUUUGUCACGAAAUGACUUGAAACAAUGCAGAAGCAUAAUCAACUCUAUACUAAAUAAACAGACAACUCGUCCUGUAGCUGCAAUUACUCAUGACUCAAAGAUGUCAAUUUAUUCAUGUACUGGUAAUGAAAACUCUAAAAAUAUUAAAACGUUGUUAACAGAUAUAGUAACUACUGCAACCGAAAAUAAUUCCAAGAACUUAUUACUUGAUAAUAAUGGCGAUGAUAAAGAAACUGACUAUGGUAUAUCUUCACAAGAAAACACUAACUUAAUAUUUUCUCACGAUAGAAGAUUUAACAACGCACUUUCUCUAUUACUUUAUUAUAAACCACAUGCAAUCCCAUUUUAUUCCAAACAAUCGGAGUACAUUAAAAUCAUUAACCAGAAAAAGAUAUUUGCUCAGAUUGUAUUUUUGAGAACUUGUGUAGCUGGUAUUGGACUUGGAGCAAUCGUAUAUGCGUCAGAAAAACCAUUGUCGACGCAAAAAUGGGUAAUUCCUAAAUUAAAUUUUGUAUCAUUAUUUUCGGAUGGUACUAAAGUGUCAUUGGAAAGUUCAGAAGUUAAUAAAGAUGCUCUAAUGUGGGGUGAAUUUCAUGCCGGUGUAAGUUCUGGUCUCAGGAUUUUUAAAAAAGUAAAUAAUAUAAAUGGUAGCUGGAUCUCUUUCAACAAACCAAAAGAACUCGAUUCUCAACAUGGGGGUUUCUUAUUAGGACUAGGCUUAAAUGGGCAUUUGAAAAAUCUAGAAGAAUGGCAUGUUUAUAAUUACUUAAGCCCAAAAAAUACACAUAUAAGUAUUGGGUUAUUAUUAGGUAUGAGCGUGAGUAUGAGAGGCACUAUGGAUGUUAAACUUGUUAAAGUAUUCACAGUCCAUGUAGUAGCCCUUUUACCACAAAGAUCGAAUGACCUAAAUAUUAAUAUUGAAGUGCAAACAGCAGGUCUUGUGGGAAUUGGUUUUCUCUACUUGAAAACCAACAAUACAAAGAUGAGUGGAUUAUUACUAUCUCAAAUUACUUCCAACAUCAAUAUUAACGAUGAGAAUAAACCCAAUGAGGGAUAUAGAAUAGCCGCUGGUAUAGCAUAUGGUCUUGUAAAUCUAAAUGCAGAUGUGGAAUCAAACAAGCAUUCUAAAGAUAAAAAUAUUUCUAUUAAUGAGCAAUACGAUUCUAAAUCGAAACUAGAAGUAACUCAUCAACUACUGAAGUUAAUAACAUCGACGUAUGAAAAGGAACCAAGUUGGAUACCCCAGAAUUCUCAUACUGGAGCAAUUGUUGCUUUAAUGUUUAUACAUUUAAGAAGUAAUGACGCUGAUAUUGCAAUGACAUUAAAACCAUAUAGUAAUAAAUCAAAUCUGAGACCUGAAUAUUUAUUGUAUGUUGAAUGGGCCUAUUAUAUGAUUAUGUGGGAUGAGAUAGAAGAUAAUAUUGGUUUUAUUUUCCAAGAUUUAGAAAUUAAAUUGCAUUCUACGAUAAAUUCCGAUAAUAUGCAAACUUAUUCAAUUAUUUCCGGUAGAAUUUUGGCUAUGGGUAUUAAAUAUGCAUCGACUGGUGAUUUGAAUAUAAAAAGAAUUUUAUUGAAAAUAUUAGACAAAUUUUUGCCAUUUUAUCAAUAUCCUGGCAGUACUAAAGUAGAUUUCAAGUUAUCAAUAUCUACAAUAAAUGUCCUAAUAAAUACGAUUUUAGUUACUCUUGGCCUAAUUAUGUGUGGUACAGGUGACCUUCAGGUGUUUCAAAGAAUCAAAUAUUUACAUGAAACGAUUACCGGUAAACACGCUGAUCUAUUUUAUUCUUCUAAAAAAGACCAUAAGGAUAAAGAGGUAGAUAAUGAUAUUUUUGAUAUAACUGCGACUCUGAAUACUAAUGAUGAAGUUCAAGAUGUUCAUCAGGAAACUGCUAAUGGAUCAUCAUCUGAGAACACGUCAGAAAAGGAACGCUUUAAGGAUGACGAAAAUCACUACUCUAAAUAUAUGUGUACAAGUCUAUCAUUGGGGUUCUUAUUUUUAGCCUCUGGACAGUAUGCCAUUAACAUUUCUGAUAAUGAAAGUAUUGCAUACUUGAUAAUGUCACUUCUUCCUACCUUUUAUAAACCGUAUUACCUUCAAGAACUAAGACACUUUUGGAGUUUAUCGGUUGAACCUAGAUGUUUAGUUAUCAAGGACAUUGAAAGUAAUCUGCUAAUAAAAGAUCCAGUAAUUGAAAUUGAUAUAUUGACAGAAAACAACGAUAUAAGAAGGAUAAAAAAGAAUAUAAUUCCAUGUCUGCUUCCUGAUCCUAGAAAAAUAACAAUGAUAAAGGUGGAACACCCAAGUUACUACCCACUACAACUUAAUUUUGAUGAGAACGUUACUGUGACUGAAUUUUUAAACGAUGGUCUUGUUAUUAAACUACAAAAAAAAGACCAACAGAAUGAGCUUAAUGUAAUGUCAUCAAAUAUAAAAAGUGAAAAUCUAGUUUCAGAUAUUAACGAGAGGAUAUAUGAUGAUUCAGAAAUGGAUAACAAACAGUCACUACCAACAAAGGUUUCGCAUAUUUUGGAAAAGAACUUGAAUAUUAUCAAUCUAACUAUGUCAGAGUUAAGUAGCAGUUUGAAUGAUAUAGAAAAGAAAGAUGAAGUGUCACAAAUGUUUAACUUUGAAAUUAUGUAUUCAGAUUUAUAUUCGGAUGAUAUUGUUGACUUUGAGUUGGAGAUUUGGAGAAAGAGACAAGAAACUUUGACGCAAACUAAAUUAUCUCAGGAUAACACAUAG